ACCAUGACGGCGCUCACCCCCAUGACCAUCCCGGACGUCUUCCCGCACGUCCCUCUCAUCGCCGUCUCUCGCAACCCGGUGUUCCCUCGCUUCAUCAAGAUCAUCGAGGUAAAAAAUCCAAAGCUGGUUGAGCUGCUGAGACGAAAGGUUCGCCUCGCCCAGCCGUACGCCGGCGUUUUUCUAAAGAAGAACGACAACAAUGAGUCCGAGGUGGUCGAGAGCCUGGAUGAAGUCUACCGCACGGGAACGUUCGUUCAGAUUCACGAAAUGCAGGACCUCGGAGACAAGCUGCGCAUGAUAGUCAUGGGACACAGGAGAAUCCACAUCAACAAACAACUGCUAGCGGAGCCCGAGCCCGAGCCCGAGGCCAAGCCGAAGCCCAGGAGGAAACCGAAGCCGGCCGUGAAGUCGGCCGAGGAAAGACAAGUCACCCAGACCCACAAGAAGGAAGAAAUGGUGGACCUAGCCCUGGAGCCGGAGCCCUUCGCUUACUAUCCUAAUGAGGUGCUCAUGGUGGAAGUAGAAAAUGUCUCCCAUGAAGACUUCCAGGUCACUGAGGAAGUAAAAGCCCUGACCGCAGAAAUUGUGAAGACAAUUCGGGACAUCAUUGCUUUAAAUCCCCUUUACAGAGAGUCUGUGCUGCAGAUGAUGCAGGCGGGACAGAGAGUGGUCGAUAACCCCAUCUACUUGAGCGAUAUGGGUGCUGCGUUGACAGGCGCAGAAUCUCAUGAGCUGCAGGAUGUUCUGGAGGAAACAAACAUUCCAAAGCGACUCUAUAAGGCCCUCUCUCUCCUCAAGAAGGAGUUUGAACUGAGUAAGCUGCAGCAGCGCUUGGGACGGGAGGUGGAGGAGAAAAUCAAGCAGACACACCGCAAAUACCUCCUGCAAGAGCAGCUCAAGAUCAUUAAGAAAGAGCUGGGCCUGGAGAAGGAGGAUAAAGAAGCCAUUGAGGAGAAAUUCCGAGAACGACUGAAAGGCCUCAUGGUGCCCAAGCAUGUCAUGGAUGUGAUUGACGAGGAACUGAGCAAACUGGGCUUGUUGGAUAAUCACUCUUCGGAAUUCAAUGUGACCCGAAAUUAUCUGGACUGGUUGACCUCCGUGCCCUGGGGCAAAUACAGUGAUGAAAACCUGGAGCUGGCCCGAGCCAAAGAGGUUCUGGAGGAAGAUCACUAUGGCAUGGAUGAUGUCAAAAAGCGAAUCUUGGAAUUCAUUGCUGUCAGCCAGCUGCGAGGAUCCACCCAAGGAAAGAUUCUUUGUUUCUACGGGCCUCCCGGUGUGGGCAAGACCAGCAUUGCCCGCUCGAUUGCUAGAGCUUUAAACCGAGAAUACUUCCGGUUCAGCGUGGGAGGCAUGACGGACGUGGCAGAAAUCAAGGGCCACAGGAGGACCUACGUCGGAGCCAUGCCGGGAAAGAUCAUCCAGUGUCUGAAAAAGACCAAGACGGAAAAUCCCCUGAUCCUGAUCGAUGAGGUGGAUAAGAUUGGACGGGGUUACCAAGGAGACCCAUCCUCCGCCCUGCUCGAACUACUGGAUCCGGAGCAGAACGCCAACUUCCUCGACCACUACCUUGACGUCUCUGUGGAUCUGUCAAAGGUGCUGUUCAUCUGCACAGCCAACGUAACCGAGACGAUCCCAGAGCCCCUGCGUGACAGGAUGGAGAUGAUCAACGUGUCUGGCUAUGUGGCCCAAGAGAAGCUCGCCAUCGCGGAGCGGUACCUGGUCCCUCAGGCCCGGGUCCUUUGCGGCUUGGACGAAAGCAAGACCAAGAUCACGUCCGAAGUCCUGACUCUCCUCAUCAAGCAAUACUGCCGGGAGAGCGGGGUCCGAAACCUCCAGAAGCAGGUGGAGAAGGUGCUGAGGAAAUCCGCCUACAAGAUCGUCAGUGGGGAAGUCGAGGCGGUGGAAGUGACCCCCGAGAACCUGCAGGACUUUGUGGGGAAACCUAUCUUCACCGUGGAGCGCAUGUAUGACGUGACGCCGCCAGGCGUGGUCAUGGGGCUGGCCUGGACCGCCAUGGGAGGCUCCACGUUGUUUAUUGAGACAUCCCCCCGGCGACCCAGGGAGAAGGACAGCAAAGACGGGAGCCUGGAAGUGACAGGCCAGCUCGGGGAGGUGAUGAAGGAAAGCGCCAAAAUAGCAUACACGUUUGCCCGGGCCUUCCUGAUGCAGAAGAUGCCCUCGAAUGACUUCCUGAUGACCUCCCACAUUCACCUGCACGUGCCCGAGGGAGCGACGCCGAAGGACGGGCCGAGCGCUGGGUGCACCAUAGUCACCGCCCUACUCUCCCUGGCCCUGAAUCAGUCGGCCCGGCAGAACGUGGCCAUGACGGGCGAAGUGUCUCUUACCGGCAAGAUCCUGCCCGUGGGAGGAAUCAAGGAGAAAACCAUUGCGGCCAAAAGAGCCGGUGUCACCUGUGUGAUCCUCCCCGCCGAGAACAAGAAGGACUACUACGACCUAGCGUCGUUCAUCACGGAAGGACUGGAAGUGCACUUUGUGGAGCACUACAGAGAAAUCUUCGACAUCGUGUUUCCGGAGCUGGAGUUGGAGGCGGCUGAACGAUGAGCGGCGGGCUCCGCGGCCAACGCCCCUCCAGGCCCGGAGGAGGGGGAACUGUCUACGCAGACGCCAGGGACCGGUAUGGCUGCCGAGCAUCCGUCCCCAACCCCACCCCUCCAAGCAGUCGGAUCGAUGAAAUUGAAUAAGAGCUUUUUAAUCAGGUUUGGAUAAUUAUUUAAUGGAUAGAAGUUCCAGGACCCCAGGGGGGUCGCAUCCCCGCCCGCUGGGCAAGGGCGGCCCCGGUACCAUUGUGAGAUUCCCGCACGGAGCAGUCCGUCCUUAGGUCUGCUGGGACCCCGGAGGACCAGGAGCCGCCCGCCUUCCCCACCGUGUGCAAAAAGCGAGUUGGAAUGAGACAUUGUACACGCUACAUCACAUAACGGGUUUAGUGGUGUGAUUCUUAAUACGUGUGGGUAAAGAAUGACCCGUAGCGCUUUCUUGGAGAAGUUGGGGCGGAGUUGCGGGGAGGGGGUAUCCCUCACGCGCCAGGUGGGAAUCGCCGAUUUCUAACACCCCGGCUUGCUUAAACCCACCACGGUGGAGACCGGAGAGGUGACCCGGGCCUGAAUUCAGGCACCUGAAUAAACCCAGGACUGACUUUCUCA